AUGGAUAUUAAAACCGAGUCUGAAGAUAAUCUGGACUGUGAUCGGCCCGCGCCCAUUGAAGUUUUUGCCAGCAGGUCUACGCUCCAUGGCAUCUCACACAUGUUCAGUUAUGAACGCCAGUGCAUCAAACGAUGCAUCUGGAUCAUGUUUUUCAUGGGUUCGUUUUCGUUCUUGGUGCUUGUUUGCGUGGACCGCAUCAAGUUUUACUUUCAGUACCCCCAUGUCACCAAGCUGGACGAGGUCACGGCACCAAUGAUGGCGUUUCCUGCCAUUACCUUCUGCAACCUGAACUCUUUCCGCUUCAGCCGCGUGACGCGCAACGACCUGUACCACGCGGGCGAGCUGCUCGCGCUGUUAAACGGCAGACUCCUGGCAUUUCAGAUGUCCAUCUGGUUUGUUUGCAAACAACUGACACAAUUCUCCGCAAUGUAACUUCCUGUUGCCAUGCGG